AUGGCCCUGAGACUGUCAUCUACCGUUGCGAACAGCAGCCGUGCCCCAACCGGACACCUCGAUCGAUCGCAGAAGAUCACCCUCACUACAAAGCGAUCCGACGAGCGCAACACCCGCUCAGGCCUCGAAGCACCCUCGCUUCCCGAUCUGCCUCACGACAUUCUCGCCCUGUCUCCCCCAGCUCCCGCCUUCCUCAAACUGUCGUCGCCGGUCCAAGUCAAGCGCGAGGAGAUCUCCCUCCAGACCCUGCACCAGAGCCUGAGCCUGAGGAGAGUGCGAGUGAAGAAGGAGUCUCGGAGUCCAAUCCCUGACGUACGUGACCCCCCCACCGAACUUUCUCCGGCGCCUUCACCGCCGUCUCCGCCGAGAGGCCGCUCGAGCACUCGCUCCUCUCGAAGUUCGACCAGCGGAGGGCCACCACAGCCGCCUCCGCCCCCGCGCCGUCCUCCGUCCCCCCCGGCGCCAAUAAUGUCAUCUCCCGCGACCGCCCCCAACAAGGAGACCCUGAAGCUCCUUCUCCCUCUCCGCUAUGACGGCAAAACCAUCAUCGAGUGCAACAGGUUCCUGUCGCAACUGCGCAUCUAUUGGUUGGUCGCACUAAGCCUGCUCAACGGAGAUGCCCGCGCCUGGGCUACUCCCUAUUUUGCCCAGCUCGUAUCGGUACAGAUAGGCGCACAGGGGGCCAUGACCCCCUUCAGGAAUGAAGCAGCCUUCGCCGCCGCCUUUAAGGCCCGCUUUGGUAAUCUCGACGACAAAGCGGCGGCACAAGUAGAGCUAGCGAAGCUCUGCGCAGACAAGUCGGUCCGCGAAAAACGCACCGCUGCGGAGUUUUCCGCACUGUUCAAGGGUCCAGCGGACCGUUCCAGGUAUGGAGACCUGGAACUACGUGACAAGUACCUGAGCGGCAUCCCUUCCCACGUCUACCGGAAGAUCGAGCUCGAGACCUUCACCACGUGGCAAGCCGCUGAGAAGCGCGCCACCGAGGUCGAGCAGAUCCUCAACAUCAGUCGGGCCCGUCGGCCCGAGCUGAACAACUUCUUCUCGGCCCGAGGUCAAGGACGCGGAGGGGCACGUGGUGGUGCACCCCAGUCACACACAGCUUCGGCCAGCAUCAAUGCGGCCGACAAGCCUUACACAAAAUGCGCCGACGCGCGGGCUACGGUUGCCUCGGGCUCUACCCAGGCGGCAGCAAGCGCCCCCGUCACGACAUCACCCUCGGCAAGUAUAAGUGCCGCUUCAGCGAAAUCCGAGCAAUCGGAGCUGGCGGACUUAAUGGCACAGGUGAAGUCGAUGCGCGAGGAGCUCGAACACUAUUGGGCGAUGAAAGAGGAGGGUUUUUGA